CGUGCCAGGACGGGACAGUGACACGGGGCUGGUGGCAGCAGCAGCAGCAGCAGCCAGAGCCAGCCCAGGGUGGCAUCUCCUCCGUGCCCACACCUGGAGCCCGCCAGCCAAAGGAAGGAAGAAUUGCCAAGGACAGAAAUCCCCAAUGCUGGCGCUGUCGAACACCACGGCCCUGCACCUGCUCCUCUCCAAACUGCUCCAGGAGUGCCUGGAACGCUCCAACAGCUCAGCUGCUCCCCAGGAGAGCAGUGCCAGCGACAGCCUGGCCAUCAUCUACGUGCUGCUGAUGCUGGGGCUCUUUGGCUUCUUCAGCGUGGGGGUGAUGGUGACCAACCUGCGGGCGCGGCGCCUCGAGGGGCCCCGCGACCCCUACAACACCUACAUCGCCACGGAUGUCUGGCACAGGAAGGACAGGGAGUACAUCCAGGCCAAGGUCCUCGAGAGUUACAAGCUCUGCUGUGUCCUGGAGAACCAGCUGGCCGUGGAGCAGCCAACCAGGAGUAUCCCUGAGGAGAAAUCUUCCUAGGGAAAGGGGACGAGGAUGGCGCGCGGCGCGGGGACGAUGCCAGCGGUGCCCGCUGCGGGCACGGGGAGCUGCUGGUCCUUGUGCAGAGCCACGGGGGCCGGCCAGGCUGCAGGAGCAGUGCUGGUGAAGCUGAUGGAUCUGGGAGAUCCCAGUGCUGCCCCAGAGCCUGGCAUGGCCAUCGUGUGGGAAUCGCCGAGAGGCAACAUCGGGAAUCACACGGAGCACCACGGACUCAUCAGCUUCACCUCCUGAGCCGGGGCCUCAUCCCUCACAGGGCAGGGAUGGAUGGGAUCUUGGGAAUGAAUCUGCCCUGGCACAGGGUGCCCAGAGCAGCUGGGGCUGCCCUGGAUCCCUGGCAGUGCCCAAGGCCAGGUUGGACACUGGGAUUGGAGCAGCCUGGGACACUGGGAGGUGUCCCUGCCAUGGGAAUGGGAUGGAUUUUAUCUCCCUUCCAACCCUGACUCUCUGAUUCUCCAAAAAGCAAAUCUUGGUGUUGCUGGUGUGAAAUUAGAGCCUAAUUAGGGCCUAAUUAGAACCAAACACAGGGCAGAGGUGUUAAUUGCCAAGCAUGGCUUAGACAAUUGUUUUCCAGAAAGACCAAAUUCUCCCAAGAAACAGCGGCUGAAAGAUUUCCUUCAUAUUUUUGUCCAGAUUAGAAUAAUGAUUUUAUAAAUUGUACAGUGCUGUGCUAACCUGUCUCCUUCAGAAUCGGGCCCCUCUUAGUGAUAAAAUAUUAGGAAAAGAUUCCUAAUUUUUUGUCUGAAAAAUAUUUCCAUGGAAGAACACAGACUUUGGAGGGACUUUAGUGACUGUGAUGGGUGUGGCACUGGGGACAUGGUCAAUGCUGGGUUAAGGGCUGGACUCAAAGAUCUUGGAGGCUUUUUCCAACCUCAGUGAUUCCAGGAUUCUGAUUCCUAGCAGGUCUGCCAAACUGCUCUUGAUGUCAAUUUAAUUUCCUUCCUAUGGAUGGGGCUUGAUCCUGGCAGCAAAAUCCAUGUGCAAAAGAGUGGCUCUGUGCCAUGGAUGUGGGGAACACUCCCAAAUUUCAAUCCCAAUUAAUUAUUGCACCAAGUGCCAGCCCCUGGUUGGGAAGGGAAUUUCCACUGUGGGAAGGGCAAUUCCAUAAUUGUUGCUGUUUAAUCACCCAGAGGUGCUGUCUGUGCUUAGCUCCGAUUCCAUGAGCAGCUCCCAGGUGCCCAUCCAAGGAUCCCCCACAAAACCCAGGAAGGUUUUCCUGCCCUUCCCUCCUUUUUCCUCCUCCACAGGAGGGACAGGGCAGCCAAAUUCAGCUGCUGUGGCACCAACAUUCCCCUGCCUGCGAGAGGAGAAAUCCAUCUCCCCUGGGCAUUGUGCUCCCUAAAAGAACAGCUCUGCCAGCUUGGGGUGAAGGAAGGAACACUCUGGGCAGGAGUGGGGGUUUUAUUUCUGCCCUGCAGACACAAAUCCCAUUUUUAGCUGCUGGAGAGGAAAGAGAAGUCGGGGAGGCAGGGGAGAGGAGCAGAGCAGCUGCUUCCAAGGCAAGGUGAGGGCAGAGAGCUUGGAGAGGGCAGCAAUCCCAGCAGAGCCCUUUUCCAGGCACUUCUUUAGCACUGCACUUCCAUCCAAGCAAUAUUCCAGCCGUGUCUGUGUUGCCAGAGCACUCAGGACACUCAAAACUCAGGGUUGGUUUUUAAAAAUGAUAUUUAUAUAGUGCCUACCAUUAAGCUGAGGACAAGAUCCACAAUUUUGGUGUCUGGAGCAGCUUGGGAAAUCUCCAGCAACUUAAUUAUUGCAGACACCUUUUCCUCUGGAGGAAUGAAAACCCAAGCCCAGCUCUGGAAAAAUGUUGAUUUCUCAGCUUGGGCUCUGCUCUUUUGGGACCUCACUGUUUAGGACUUGCCCCGGGAGAGGAUUUACAGAGCCAGAACCUUGAACUUGGCUUAAACUCGCACCAAAAAUUGCCUUUAAUGACAUGAAACACUUUAAUUAGUUAAAACCUUCAAUUCAUGGAAACAUUUAAUGGCAUUAAACCCUUGGAGUGAAGCUCUCCCUCCACCCCAGGUAUUUUCAGGGAUUUUGGGUCAUUUUCUUUUCAUAGCUCCAGGGGGGUUAUUUGUGAGGAGGGUGAUGCCCAGCAUUAAUUGCACACCAUUUUUUUCCCUUUUAGCAGCUCUGCCUUUUUAUUUAACUGAAAUUAAAAAAGAGAAGAGCUUUGCUGCGCCACCCUCACCCCUGGGUGCCUGUGGUGGAUUCCCACCAUGGCCUUGCACCUUUCAGUCUUGGAGUUCUCUCCCCCCCUCUGUUUUUUUCACAUGUACAGAGCAAUAAAAUGUGAAUUUCAAGCCCUG